GGAUAAUUUAAGUGUUUAGUUUUGUUUGUAAAUUUCCUCUGGGUGUCACUGUUACAUGGUAACGAGAGGACACCAUCACUCCCCUAUCCAGGCUUUUUGUGUGAAAGGGACACAGAGAACAUUAAAACCAAACUGAACCGAUGGACGGACGCGCUGCAUCCACUGAUUAAUUGCUUACGGGAAAAAAUGCAAGAUAAUCAUCAUUUGUGGAAGUGAGUCUUCUCAUAAUUGCUUGUUUUUCUGGAUUAUAAUGGAGACUGCUACAAUGGCUCGAACCGGGAGCUGGUUCUGCUUCUCUCUCCGUUGUGUUUUGCUGCUUCUCGCCUGGAAACAGGGUUGCGCUCAGAUCCGAUACUCGAUUGCGGAGGAGGUUAAAGACGGAACUGUUGUUGGGAAUGUUGCUAAAGAUCUGGGACUGGACAUCACCUCUCUGACUGACCGACGGUUUCGGGUUGUUUCUGGAAGUAAGGAGGAUUUAUUUGCGGUAAACCAGAACAAUGGGCUCCUUUACGUCCACGGUAAAAUAGACAGGGAGGAGCUUUGUCAGGGGAGCGGUGCGUGUUUAACAAAACUUAAAAUUCUGGUUGAAAAUCCGUUAGAAAUGCAUUACGUAUCAGUUGAGAUAACAGAUGUAAACGACCACGCUCCUAUUUUUUCUGAAAACCAGCAGACAUUUGAAAUAGGGGAGAUUACGCAGCCAGGAAGGAGGUUUAAGCUUCAUGCUGCUCGCGAUCCCGACGCAGGGAUGAACUCUAUCCGCACAUACACGUUAACCUCAAAUGAUCACUUUGAAUUAGACAUCAGUCAAAGUGAUGAUGAUAAAAUACCGUUUUUAGUUUUGAAGAAAUCCUUAGACAGAGAACACACAUCUAAUCAUUCACUGGUGGUCACAGCUGUAGAUGGAGGCAAGCCUCCAAGAUCCGGGACAUUAAACAUCUCCGUUAUUGUUCUAGAUAUAAAUGACAAUCGCCCAAGAUUUCUGCAGGACUCAUAUCAAGUUUCGAUAAAAGAAAAUAUUCCACCUGGUACCGUAAUACUCCUAAUGAAUGCGACAGAUCCUGACGAUGGUGAGAAUGGAGAAAUUGGAUACAAUUUUGCCAAAACCUUAAGAAAAAAUAUUUAUGAGCGUUUUGACCUUGACAAAUUAAGUGGUAAAAUUACAGUAAAGGGGCUCUUGGAUUAUGAGGACAGUGAUAUUUAUAAAUUAGACAUUGAGGCAUCAGAUAGAGGGACACCUCCACUGACAGGAGAGUGUAGUGUUAUUAUAAAACUCAUAGAUGUGAAUGAUAAUCCACCUGAAAUAGAAUUAACUUCAAAGUCAAACAUAGUGUCUGAAGACUCCAAACCUGGAACAGUUAUAUCACUGCUUAGUGUGACUGAUAAAGACUCUGGACCUAAUGGAAAAAUAUUUACAAGCAUAGAAGCCAAUGGACCUUUUGAAUUGAAAUCUUCAUACGAGGAGAAUAUUUAUUCAGUUGUCACUAAAGGACAUUUAGACCGAGAGGAGGUGUCACUGUAUGAAAUAACAGUGAAAGCUACAGACUGUGGUGAGCCUCCUUUAUCCUCUUUUAAAACAUUCAGCAUCCAGAUAUCUGAUGUAAAUGACAACAGUCCCCAGUUUCCACAAAAUCCAUUACAGUUCUACCUGCUAGAAAAUAAUGUAGCUGGAAUGGCACUGUUUUCUGUUAGUGCAAAAGACAAGGAUACGAAUGAAAAUGCGGAGAUUUCAUAUCAUAUUGCCAGAGACAGGGACAGUAACAACAUGCUCUCAUUCUUGAACAUAAACUCAGAAAAUGGACAAAUAACAGCUCUGAGAAGCGUUGACUUUGAAACUGUGAAAACGUUCCAGUUCCAAGUUGUGGCCUCAGACUCUGGAAGUCCGUCCCUGAACAGCAACGUGACAGUGAACGUGUUCAUUCUGGAUCAGAACGACAACGCUCCAGUCAUCCUGUAUCCAGUCAGCUCCAACGGUUCUGCUGAAGGUGUGGAGGAGGUUCCCCGCAACGUGAACGCAGGACACUUGGUGACUAAAGUCAGAGCCUAUGAUGCUGAUAUAGGAUAUAAUGGCUGGCUGCUGUUCUCACUGCAGGAAGUGACUGACCACAGUCUGUUUGGUUUGGACCGCUACACAGGACAGAUCAGAACACUUCGCUCAUUCACAGAGACAGACGAGGCUGAGCAUAAACUGCUCAUCCUGGUCAAAGACAAUGGCAACGUUUCACUGUCAGCAACAGCUACUGUCAUUGUCAAAGUGGUGGAGCCCAAAGAGGCUUUUGCAGCUUCUGAUGUGAAGAGUUCAGCCAAAGAUGAUGAGGAGACUGAUGUGACUUUUUACCUGAUGAUCACUUUGGGCUCAGUGUCGGUUCUGUUCCUCAUCAGCAUCAUCGUGCUGAUUGCAAUGCAGUGCUCCAAGUCCACAGAAUAUACUUCUAAAUAUCUCCAAGAGGCUAAUUAUGAUGGGACACUGUGUCACAGCAUCCAGUACAGAUCUGGAGACAAACGCUACAUGUUAGUAGGACCCAGGAUGAGUGUAGGAUCUACUAUAGUACCUGGAAGUCACGCAAACACUCUGGUGCUGCCUGACAGGAGGAACACUUCUGAUGAGGUAAGAAUUAUUACCUUAAAAUUUGUCAUUUUUUGGACUGGAACAUUUUCAGCAACAGCUGUUUAAGGUUCCAUUUGCUCGUAAGUUGUUUUUUCACAAGUAAUUUGGCAAACAUAUUGCUAUGUUGCAGAUACUUUAGUUGACUUCUUUUUUUUUUGUUGUUGUUGUUGUAAUAAUUUCGAAUGACCGCUUCUGUAUUGAGUCUGAAUUGAUUAGGGUUUCAUCGGGCCGCAGACUUUUGUAGGUUUGAAUUUGUGGUAUGUGGUGAUGUGACUUGGUAGAAUGUAUUCAAACAUUGUUCUCGUAUUUACUUACCUCUGUCCUUGUUGCUGAAAGAACCUAAUGUUUUCUAUUUCAACGGAUGAGAAUGAUUUUUGAAUAAUUAUUUGCAUUGCUCUAUUAUUGUUACUUAAACCCAAGGGCGGAAAUCCC